AAAUCUAAAGAUAUGAUGCACCGUUUAAGAGAAAGGAAGGAGAUGGGUAUAUUUCAAGCUCAAGAAAAGUGGAUUCAAGAGUCCGCUCGCACUGUACUGGUUCUUGUUCCUUCCGGGGAGGGAUAGGAGUGGCAGCAGUAGGCCAGUCCUCCCCACGGACCCCACCUCUUUUUGCCAUAAAUGAAAGAAUUGAGUGCUCUCGAUCACCUCCUCUUCCUCUCAUCUCCCGCUAUUAUUCCUCUCUGCCCACACUUCUCAAGAAAAACCACUAAAGAAAACAUCAUAACUCUUUCUCUCUCUUUUGCAUUUUCGUCGAGCUUGCCAUAAAAGGGUUCGACUUCUUUUGUUUUUUUUUUCCUCCUUUUUUUGGUGGGUUUUUGAGGCUUGAGGGGUGUUGGGUUUGGCUGUUUUUGCUAUGCUAGAAUGGGAACUGUGGAGAAGCCUGUGAAUGAGGUGCAUGAUCUGGGAUCAAGCCAAGAAACUGUUGUGAGUGCUGUAGAUAAUGGUGAAGGCUUGACAGGAAUAGUUGAAGAACGUAAUCACGAGCAUCAGUGGAAGCAGAGCAAUCUCAUUUUAGAGAUACCCUCAAGAACAUUGGAAGACUCCUUACAGGAUUCUGUUGGAAUAAAGAAUCCCUCAUCACCUAGUCCAACUCCUAGGAGAGUAAAUUUCCUUUUGACACCUAGUUCUAGUGACGCAAGAGCCUGCGGGUCCCCAGGCCCCUCCUCAUCUAGAGGAAAAUCAUCCUUAAGGAGUCUUUUACCUAAACUAAGCUUCAAGUCUCGAAUUUUAACAUUAGAUGUUGAGAAGGCAGCCAAUCUACCUCCAGAUUCUUCAUGUACCAUGCCAAGGGAGAAACCGUCGAUCUCAAGGUCAUUAUCAAUUACAAAGAUUUUCACCCCCAGGAUGAAGAGAACAUCAUCACUGCCUGUAACUUCAAUUGCAAUUUCUAACCCAGAAUCUACUCAUGAAGGAAGCACUGGUGGUGCAUUGAGUUCAAAUGGAAAAGGAGCCCAGCAACAGAUGUCUCGCUCACUUUCAGUCCCUGUCAAUAAUAAAGAAAGAAAUAUGAGGAGGAUGGAUUCCUUUUUUCGCGUCAUUCCUUCGACUCCUCGAUUGAAGGAAGGAGAUGUAAUAACAAAUGCUUCUCCAGGGAAUGAUACAGAAACUGAUGACACUGAUGGUGAAGAUAUACCUGAAGAAGAGGCAGUUUGUAGAAUUUGUCUGGUUGAACUGUGUGAAGGAGGUGAGACCCUUAAGAUGGAAUGUAGCUGCAAAGGUGAACUUGCUCUUGCACAUCAAGAAUGUGCAGUAAAAUGGUUUACCAUCAAAGGUAACAAGACCUGUGAUGUGUGCAAGCAAGAUGUUCAGAAUUUGCCUGUUACCUUGUUACGAAUCCAGAGUGUAAGUGCUCGUACUGCUAGAACAAGUAGAGGUCAUCAAGCAGAUGCUAAUGGACACAGGGUCUGGCAGGAAGUUCCUGUGCUUGUCAUCAUUAGCAUGCUUGCCUACUUUUGUUUUCUUGAGCAGCUACUGGUUGGAAAUAUGGGUACUGGUGCAAUUGCUAUAUCCCUUCCAUUUUCUUGUGUAUUGGGUCUCCUUUCAUCCAUGAUCUCAUCAACCAUGGUGAAGAGAAGAUUUGUUUGGGUUUAUGCAUCGAUUCAAUUUGCUUUGGUGGUUCUCUUUGCACAUAUUUUUUACUCAUUGGUCAACUUGCAAGCAGUUCUAUCCAUUCUUCUAGCAACAUUUGCUGGAUUUGGUGUAGCAAUGGGUGGGAGUUCUAUACUGGUAGAGAUCUUGAGAUGGAAAAGAAGAUGGAAUGUUCAAUCAGAACAGCUGCAUGGUUCCUAUAUGAUAACAGGACCAGGCCAAUUUCCAAGAACUGUAAAUUCCUCAGAAAGAAGUUUUCGUGAUCGCCAUCGAAAUGAAGUUGUGAAUACAGAAACUCUCAGUGGAAGUUAAAAAUCAAUUCUUAAUUUAGUUUAGUUGAAUGGAAUGUGUUGCGGCUAAAUUAUGCUUGUCUAGAUGAAGCAAGAUUGCCUUUGUAAUAUGCACCAAGUCAGAUAAUUUUUUGUUCAACCAAAUUAUGCUAGAAUAUCAAAUCCCACAGGAUCAAAUCUUGCAACGAAAUUAUGAUCAUAGGUUGUAUACCUUGCUCAGUAUUGCAAGGAAUGUGUAUGUUUCACAAGUAACUAUACUGUAUUGGGUUUUUAACAGGACUGGAAAUAGGUAAAAGGAGUGAAUACAACUUUGUAUUUUGUUCUCAA